UGGUCCUUACGGGAGUCCGUAGCACGCAGUCCCCAACGUGUGACGAGCGUAGCGACGAUUUGGGUUCGAAAAGAGCUAAGAAUUGCUGCUCGCAGAGGCGUAAUAACUCGUCAGCAUGGCAGAAAAUCAAGAAGAAAUGUCUCCAGUUGAGAUGAAAGUGGCCCAACAAAUAGAGUACUACUUUGGAGAUCACAAUCUUCUUAGAGACAAGUUUCUCAAAGAACAAAUUCAACUUGAUGAUGGCUGGGUGACUCUGGAGACCAUGCUUAAAUUCAACAGACUGAAGUCUUUAACUACAGAUGGCGCCAUCAUCAUUGCAGCCCUUCAGAAAUCAAAGACUGGACUGUUGGAAAUCAGUGAAGACAAGACUAAAAUCAGGAGGUCUCCAAGCAAACCUUUGCCUGAACUGAAUGAUGAAUACAAAGAUGCUCUCAAGCACAAAUCGGUGUACAUUAAAGGUUUUCCUCUGGAAACUACCCUUGAUGAGAUUCAGGAAUGGUUGACUGGCAAAGGCAAUAUUGAAAAUAUUCAAAUGAGGCGAAACCUACAGAGGCAAUUCAAGGGAUCGGUGUUCCUCUGUUUUGACACAGAAGAGUCAUCUAAGGAGUUCUUAAACCGUGCAGACAUAAAAACAUUCAAAGAUAAUGAGAUGAUUGUGCUAUCAAGAGAAGACUAUCAUGCAAAGAAAGCAGAAGAGAGGAAACAGCUCAAAGCAGAGACAAAAGCAAAAGCCCGACAAGAGAAGGAACAACACCAGAAAGACACAGAAGAGAAAGAAAUGGGUCUGCUUUUAGAUGAACAGACGGGCUGCUUGCUGAAGUUUUCAGGAGAGCUUGAGGAUGUUUCAAGAGAGGACUUUCAUGAAUUGUUCUCUGGACAUGGAAAAAUCAAGUGGGUGGACUUUGCAAGAGGAGCUAAAGAGGGCACUCUCCUGUUUGACGGCAAUGCAAAGGAGGCAUUUGACAAGGCAACAGAGGCAAAUGGAGGAGAAUUAAAAAUCAAGGAAAACAGUGUUACAUGGCAGGUGCUUGAGGGAGAUGAGGAGAAAGAAGUAUUGAAGAAGAUAAUUGAAGCACAACAAGAAACAUACAAGUCUAAGGGCAGAGGUAGGGGGCGAUCAGGUGGUAGAGGACGAGGAGGUGGCGGCCGAAGGGGACGAGGUGGCAGAGAUCAGGGAAAAACACAGUACCAAGGCAAAAAGACCAAAUUUGACAGUGACGAUGAGGAUGCACCUGAAACCCCAAACAAGCGAGAACUGGAAGACGCUGAUGGCCCAGUAGCUAAAGUCGUCAAAACCGAAAAUGGAUCUUAAUCACAAGGUCACAUUCAGACUUUUUUAAAAAAACAAAACAAAACACAAUUUAUAAUGAACAGAUAAAAAAGGCAGAGGUGACUUGAAUCCAUUCCAGGGAACACGUCAGGAUUUGGAGAAUCGUAGGAAGUCCACUUGGAUGUCAACCUAGAGAAUAAAUUGCAAGUUUGACAUCAGUUUUCAGUCUUUUUAUUCCUUGUAUAUUGUGCCUCUUUGGAUUCCUAUGUUUUUCUUAAAACAUUUUUGAUUUGAAUGUAUUAUUGCCUAUCUGCUUUGACAGUAAAUUUCACCAGAAAGUUUUAUUUGGGUUUUGUAAAAUCUGUGUUGUGUGCAAAAUCAAAUCUGUUUGCAUAUGUUGAACAACUAAUAAAACAUUCAAUAA